CUGCCUCUUUGGGCAUAUAUAAUGAGAUGAAGAUCGGCCACAAUGCACCUCUCUGCAAUCACCUCGCAUCCCAUCCUCCAACUUAGGACCAUCCGAGACCUGAAAUUAUGACGGAUCAAUCGCAGCCUCAUAACACUUCGCACUCUCAUGAUUUCGAGGUCGCGAAUAAGGCUUUCUAUGAUAAACAGGCUCAGGAAUACGAUGAACGGCCUGAUGCCCAGAUACUGGCGCGGAGACUCGCAAGUGCGAUGCGCCAGAGAUAUCCGAACCUCUUUGAUGAAGACACGACGACAUUGAUGGAUUACGCAUGCGGCCCCGGUCUUGUCUCGCGGGAGCUAUGCCCGUAUGUUCAGUCGAUAGUCGGCGUCGACAUCAGCCAGGGAAUGGUUGAUCAGUUCAACCUUCGAGCCUCCAAUCAAGGGCUUACUCCCGACGAGAUGAAAGCCGUGUGCGUUGAUCUCAGGCGAGAAGACCAUGGACUGCACGGAAUGAAGUUCGACGUCAUCGUGUGUUCAAUGGCAUAUCAUCACUUCUCGUCUGUUGAAGACGUACACGCCUUCUCACAUCCUUCCUUCGGCCUGGCGGCUCUCUCCUGGUGGCGGACAUCGAUCGGAGUACUCUCCAGACAGAUAUAUUCCCUCCGCAACACGACGGUCAUAGCCAUGAACACAUCGUCGCCCACCAAAGAGGCUUUGGCGAAGAGGAUAUCAGAGAAGUUUUCGGGUCUGCUGGCCUCGAGUUCAAGGAGUUCGGCGUCGUGACAUCGGGGAAGAUGCACGGCAGAGACGUCAAUUUCUUCGUUGCGCGUGGAAUUAGGGCGGCCACGGCAUAGUGUCGCUUUCCGACGGAGGGUCGAGACCAUUCAUUUGCAGUGGCUCCAAGCACCGUUUCUUGCUCGUCCCAGUUAUUCUCGGGCCAUAGUUGAAAAAGGAUGCUUGAUGCGUGCGCCGGGAAUCGAACCCGAGGCAGGGCCAUGGGAAGACCCUAUGUUACCAUUACACCACACACGCUGGCGACGUGGCGCCCGGCGUUGCACAUCCGUAGGGCAGUCUAGAGUCCAGCGCCCAGGGCCACAGUGACACAAUUUGAAUCCCAGAAUUAGACUCGCGAUG